ACGUGUCGCGUCCAUGUUGCUGCGGGCGAGCAGAGGGAAAUUAGCGUCCGGUUGGCCGCGAUGGUGAGGUUGAGGGCGAGAUGUCUGCUUGUUGGAGAUCCAGCUGUAGGCAAAAGUGCUCUGUCGCAGAUGUUCCACAGUGAUGGCACUCUCUUCCAGAAGAACUACAGUAUGACAACGGGUGUGGAGCUGCUCAUCAAAAGUGUCAACAUCCCUGAGAGCAACGACAGCGUGGAGCUCUACAUCGUCGACUCUGCGGGCAAGGAAGCAUUAGUGGAAGCCUGUGAGAAAAUGUGGGGCAGGCCGUCGCUGCUGUGCCUGGUGUUUGACCUGACCAGCCAGCGCUCCUUUGACAGCUGCGGCCCCUGGAUGGAGAGAGUCCGGGCCCACUGCCAAGGCCUCCGUGUUCCAGGUGUGCUUGUGGGCAACAAGUCUGACCUGGCUGCCAGGAGGGAGGUGAAAACGUCUGUGGCGCAGGAGUGGGCCCGGAGCCAAGGCUUGGAAUACCACGAAACAUCUGCUAAGGAGAUGGAGAACAGCGAGGCGCCGCUCCUCAGUUUAGCUCGAGCCUUUCACUCUCACUACCAGGAGUGCAGAGAGACCAUCCAGAACCUGAGUCCAGGCUAGACACACACACACACACACACACACACACACGCACACACACACACACACACACACACACACACACACACACACACAUGCUUGGGACUUUUUGAUAUAGAACGAGCACCAAUAAAUCAGUUUUUGAUGAUUGGGAAAUAUUUUUGCCAUGAUUUUUUUACCAGAACCCCAAAUGGACUUUAUGCUAUUGAUUUCCACAAUAAUUGACCACAAAAAAACUAAACAUUUAAAGAGGUUUUAUGUCUACUGGUUAAGGAAGUAAACUUCAGAUCCAAUAUGCUGUUCAUGUUGGACUUUAAAAAAACUCACUCUAGAAUGAUUUUUUCUCAUUUUCUCUGAUUGAUUUUGAAUUGUAUUUGAUACAAGAUGGUUGUUGUGGCGCCUGAUCAAAUAAACACACAGUAGCCUGACACAGUUUAAGGAUUUAUUCCAUGUUUUUUCCAACAACAAUUUUCAACAGUUUUUCUCCAAAUAAAAACUUGUAUUUUCCGUGUUAAAUGUAGAAAACAAAACCUCACUUAAACUGCUGACUGUGUACUCAACAACUCGUAAUUACGGCGCCAUGCUUCUGGACUCUUGAGUGGGUGAUUAUAAUUACAGCAAUUAGCAUCUUUUCCUCCUCCCGUUUCCUUGUGCAGAGAGGUUUUCCCCGUUUUGUGUCCUUUUCCAUUUUUAUUACUGUGAAAUUAAAUCAUAACCAAUGUAAAGAUAAGUAUAACAUCCACCCACAAAUACAGAGACUGUAUUAACAUUGCACAAAUACUGUUAUUUCCUCGUUAAUCAGGUCUAAUUGGUUCCCUGGCCGUGGUGAAUUUUCGCUAAGUAGGAUCUUUUGUGACGAUGCAGCAUGUCGGCUGCUGUCGUGAUCCGAGGCUGCAAAAAAAGGCAAGUGUCGUGCAGGCAGAAGGUCGUUUGAUAAGGAACCAGGCAGAAGAAAUGUAAUGCAAGU